AUGAACUCUCUCGCAGCGGAUAAAGCUCCAGGUCCAGAUGGUUUCAAUAUCAGAAGCAUCAAGUUUUUAUGGCCUUUGAUAAAAGACAAAGUAAUAAGCUUUAUUCAGGAUUUUGGAGAAAUGUCUAAGUUGCCAGCAGGGGUAAAUUCUUCUUUUAUUGUUUUAAUCCCCAAAGUUUUAAAUCCUUCCUUAAUCAAGGAUUUUCGGCCUAUCAGUCUUAUCAACUCAUCUAUGAAGAUCUUAAUGAAAGUGUUAGCAACUAGAUUGGGAGUUUUUAUGGAAGAGCUAGUGAGAGACAGUCAAACAGGUUUCAUGAAGAACAGGCAGGCAACUGAGAGUAUUUUAAUAGUUAAGGAGGUUGCACAUUCCAUUCAGUCAGGGAGGGGUAAAGGUUUCAUCUUAAAACUAGAUUUCGAGAAGGCUUUCGACUCAGUGAAUUGGGAUUUUUUGUUCUCAACCCUUGAAGCAAUGAACUUUGAUCAAAAAUGGAUAAGGUGGAUUAAGUCGAUCCUAGAAUCUUCACGAAUCUCAGUUUUGGUAAAUGGCUCUCCCUCUAAGGAAUUCUCUCCAGGAAAAGGGCUUAGGCAAGGGGAUCCGCUUUCACCUCUGUUGUUCAACAUUGUGGGAGAAGUUCUAAAUUCCUUGAUGGACAAGGCUGCAUCCACAGGAAUAUUCAAAGGUUUUUCUUUUGGUGAGGACUCCAAAGAAAUAACUCACUUACAGUAUGCGGAUGAUACGAUUGUGUUUUUAGAUGGGACAGUGGACUCUGCUAGGGGGGUGAAGAAGGUGCUUCAAUGUUUUCAAGUUCUUACAGGUUUAAAAAUCAACUACUGCAAAAGUGAAAUUUUCUCAGCCAGCCUAUCUGGAGUAAGCUUGAAAGUUUGUGCCGAUAUUCUGGGUUGCCAGAUAGGUAAAUGGCCAAUGACAUACUUGGGGAUGCCAGUAGGAUGCUCCUCACGUAAGGCAAGUUUUUGGGAACCUUUGCUAGCAAAAUUAGAACACAAACUGGCUAGGUGGAAAGCAGAGGCCCUUAACCAAGCUGGCAGAUUGACACUUCUUAAGUCAGUAGUUGAUAGCCUCCCUAUUUACUGGAUGAAUCUUCAUUUGAUGCCAGUUUCAGUAACAAGGAAAAUAGAGAAGAUUAGAAGAGAUUUUCUCUGGGGUAAUGUAGGCACAAAAUAUCAAAAGAGCAGAAAACUCCACUCGGUAGCAUGGACAAAAGUUUGUAGACCUAAAAACCAAGGUGGGCUAGGUAUCUCUUGUAUAAGGGCAAGGAAUUUAGCUCUGCUGGGAAAAUGGUGCUACAGAUGGGAAAAGGAGAGAUCUAGGUCCUGGAACUGUUGGAUUAGGAGUAAAUACAGAUGUUCCAAACAUGAGAAAUUGAGUGAGUUGCAAUCAGCAAAAGGAAUCUCUGAAUGUUUAAAGUCAAUCAAAACGGUUUCAGAGCAUCCUAUUUUAAAAGACAAAAUUUCAAGUAGGAGCUUCAAAUGGAAACUGAAGAAUGGCAAGUCAGUGCUGUUUUGGGAAGACAGGUGGUUUGAGAAUAAGAUUCUGAAAGACGUCUUCAAAAGAUUGUAUCAUCUGUCCAACCUCAAGGAUAUAACAGUUCAUGACAUGGUGGAUUGUUGGAGGAACAGCAAGGAGAACAGUGGUUUUGACAAGUGGACAAGAAAGCUAAGGCAAUGGGAAUUAGAAGAGGAGGGAAAAUUGGAAGCUAUAAUUCAGAGUAUCAUUUUCCUCAAGGGAGAGGAUGAACUCCUCUGGUCUGAAAAUCUGAAGUCAUACUUAGUUAGCUCCAUGACCUUGCAAUUUUCAGGCCAAAGUGAAGAGGUGGAAUGGAGUUUUAUUUGGAAAAUUAAAAUUCCACAUAAAAUCAAGCUCUUCCUGUGGAAGGUCCAGAUGAAUAUUCUGCACACAAAAGGUUUUUUGGUAUCUAGAAAUAUUCUAGAUCCUCUCGAGGCUCAUUGUCCUAUAUGCAGAAAGGUUGUAGAGACUACAGAUCAUCUGUUUUUGGAAUGCAGGUUGGCUAGAGCUGCAUGGAAAUAUCUUUUUGAAUGGUGGCAAAUAAAUCCAAUUCCUCACCAUGAAUGCAGCUUUAUGAGUCUGUGGAAACAACACAAACAAUUCCCAUCAAAGAAGGCAAAACAAGUAUGGAAACUCUCAGUUAGUGCUGCUCUAUGGUGCAUAUGGCUGGUCAGAAACAGAACCAUCUUUGAUAAUAAGGAAACUACAGAGACUCUUUUAGGAAGUCUUAUAAAGCAUCAAGCAAAAGAAUGGUGCUUGGCUUUUAACUUAAUUCACAUUAAGGCUGCAGAAUGGUGGCAAUGCAACCCUAUGGGAUCAUUAACCUUUUCAGAGAGAGUUCAAGUAAAGAUUCUCAAAGACUCUGCAAGUGAUCUCAGUGCCUUCAUUGAUGGUUCUUUCAAACGCAAGGGACAGACCUCCAUAUCUGGUAUUGGAGGUAUUAUUUUUAAUAAGAAAAAUGAGAUUAUUUUCUCAUUUUCAGGACCCUCCUUAGCUGAUGGUCCCUACUCAGCAGAGUGGCAGGCUUUUUGUUUCUUAUUGAAUGCUUUCAGUAUUUCUUCCUGGAGAAGUCAUGCUAUAACAGUAUUUUCAGACAGCAAGAUUUUGGUGAAUAAUGUGCUAGAAAUUUUUUCGUCAGGCAGUCAUGGGAACCUGAGGGAUUUCUCUAAAAAUAUUAAGUGGGAUAAUUUUUCUAUCAGAUUAAUUCCGAGUGAUUUAAAUGGUGAGGCUGAUUAUCUGGCAAAAAAGGGAGCACAAUGUAAAAAAGUUAACUCUUAUUGGGUCUUUCCCAGAAGCCCAGUUUCUUAG